CGGAACUCAUUAUUUCCGCACGUGCGGUGAAUCAAAACAACAACAAAGUUUUGCCCGAAAUCAGCAAUCGCGAAAUCAGCUGAAACUAGUAGCCUUGACAUUUAUUGUCUGUCCGUGUUUUACCAUUGUUGUGAUGCGGAAUGGUUUACGUGUUAAGUGUUUGGAUAGUUUCCUCUCUUCUUCGACGAUCCAUUCCAGUGGUGACCAGUGUUCAUACAAGAACAUUCUUCAAGCAAAACCUUACGGUUUUACGAUCUAAAUUACAAUCAACAAACCUCAGAGAUGAAGAAAAGAUAAAACAAUUGAGGCAGCACUUUGGCUUGUUAUUGAAAGCUAAGCUAGGUAUUGGGUGGAGCAUAUUUAUUGGAUGUGUGGCGUUUGUGGUGCACACAGUCAUAUCCCUUGAUGAUCGGCUACAAACAACUCACAGUGCACAUGAGGCUGACAGGCAGACACGCUUCAUCUACCCGGAGAAACCUCCCAUACUCACCUUAGAAGAUGUCUUUCCUGGCACAUUCAGAGGCAAAGUGAAGUACAAGUAUGAGAAGUUGUCAAGAAAAGUGUUACCAUGGGUGCAUUCAAAGUCACGUGACCCAGCCAUAUUGCUGAACUUAGCAGAGUCAUCAGAUCCGAGUACUCGGCGCCGAGGUCUCACCAGUCUUACUGCCGAUAAUGAUUGGGAAGACCACCAGUUCCGGAAGGUUUCACAGGCGUGUUCCCAACGUACACAGGUUAGUUUAGCCAGGAUUCCUGAGGCUGACCAGCGACUGUUUAGGCCCAUGCCUUGGAGUCAUGCAGUCAAGGGCAGUAUAGAGGAUGAGUUACGUGGCCUGCUAGCCCAGCUCAAAGAGGAGACCACUGAUCCUGUCCUACGACAGUUUACGGCACGACGCCUGCCUGACACAAAACAGAAAAAUAUUGUAGAGUCUGGUCCCUGGUGUUUUGAGGGUACUGCCCUGGAGUACAUCCGCUCAGUGAGUGACGAGAGUGAGGGACAGGUGGAACUGUUUUUUCUGGAGGCUCUUGCAAGGUUUAGUCAGGUAAGGGAGCAGCAUGUUCAGAUGUUAGAGGCUGGAAUUCUCCCUCUACUACAGCGGGUGUUACUGGAGCUGAAUGGUGUAGGGGAAGUCCGAUCCCUGGUUGCCCGGAUUCUUGCAAAUCUUGCGAUGAGCCCUGCGCUUCAUUCACAUAUCAUCACUGGAGGUGAACAGGAUCCUUUUUAUGCCCCCCUUCGAAGGCAUGUCGGAUGGGCAGGGGUUUUACACAAGUGGCUGUUUUCCCGUGAACCUUCCCUUUUCUUCUACUCUGCACGAGCCCUAGCCAACCUAGAUGGAGAUAUAGAUACGGAUCUCAGAAUUCCCGGUGUGUUUGAGGAUGGGGUGUAUCCAGGAUACCCUAUCUUUAGAUCCAGGCAAAAGAGCCCUAGGGUGGAGGUUGAUAUUGUCUUUAUCCAUGGGCUUCUGGGUGGUCCUUUCAAGACCUGGAGACAGGAGGAUCGCCGAGACACAGAGCCCAACUUUGUCAUGACUGAGGAGUUCAAACAAAGCCAUACAUUCUUCUGGCCCAAGGACUGGUUAGGUUAUGAUCUAAAGGAAGCCCGCAUUCUGAAUGUGGGAUAUGACACAGAAUUGACCACAUGGAACCUUAAGCACCCUAUAGAAGACAGCAAACGUACCCUGUCAAGCAGAAGUGCAUCAUUUUUGGAGAAGUUAAGGCUGGCUGAUGUUGGUUCAAGGCCUGUUAUCUGGGUUGGACACUCCAUGGGAGGCUUAUUGAUCAAAGACAUGUUGAGGAAGGCAGAGACAGAUCCCCAGUAUCACACCCUGCUGGACAACACAAUCGGCAUUCUCAACUACAGCGUUCCACACCAAGGGUCUAGCCUCCCACGAUACACUAAACAAUAUGGCCUCAAACAUGCAAUAUCUCUUACAGUGGAGGUCCAGGAACUGGAUGAAGACAGUCCAAACUUAAAGAGCUUACAGAAGAGCUUCCAGGACCUGGUCAACUCUCGUCAUAUUCCGGUGCUGAGUUUUGGGGAAACAGUGAAGACUCCAAUGGGUCUCAAAAUGGAGUUGCACAUAGUACCUCCUGAAUCUGCUGAUCCUGGUGUGGGAGAAUUUGAGCUAUUCCCGAGUGACCACAUCAACAUAUGUAAGCCGCGGGACCGCAACAGCCCACUCUACACCCAGUCGUACCGUUUCAUCCUUGCCUGUAUCCACCAGCAUCGGGUCAGGGACAAGAAACGUCGCAUACGUAGGGAAGUUACAUCUUGAUGUUAGGAAAAUGUUAGUUUGACGUUAUAACGCAACGCAUUCCGUUUUAAUCAGUGUAUCAUUCACUGCAUCUGGGCGAAACUACUACCAAUAGUGCAUCCAGUCUGCACCCAUCAUCGAUAGAGAAACAGCUUUACAUACGUCGGGAAAUAACAUCUUGAUUUUAAAAAGAUCGCUUUGUGCCUCGGGAAAUAAUGUCUUUUAGUGCAUCGGGAACGAACGUCUUUUUAACGGAUCACUUAGUGCAUCGGGAAAAAACAUAUUUUUUUAGAAGGAUCAUUCAUUGACUGCAUGUAAAACAAUUUCGUUAAGUUCAUUUUACUCGACCAUGCAUCAAUGGGCACAAUGUCGGGAGGUGGCAUCUUAAUUGUUUUAUGUUUAGGGGAUAUUGUUUUAUCCUUUAUCUUUUCCGUUGCCUUCAUUUCAGACUUUUAAAUUCAUAAAGAAGAAAAUGUCUGAAUUGUAUUGACCAUUCCACAACGAGAUGGUAGUUUCAUUUCAUAGAUACAAAACGUAGAAAAAUAACGUCUUGAUAUAGGAGACUAUUUUCUAGACUAGAUAAAGAUACAAUUGUACUUGACACGAUUUCGACCAUUGACAACAAGGUUGGACGCCUUGUAUGCGCACGUGUCCUAAACCUGGAGAUGCUCCCAGGGUAUUGUCAUAUUGUAUCCAGGGACAUAAAAAAUCGCAUUGUCUAGAAAUGAAUUACUCUGGAGACUCUUUUACGUAUUAGACGUGUACAUUUUCAAAUGAUUUUGGGUGUUCUUAAAAGGGGAGGAGGUGUCGAAGCAAUUGUGACUGAUUUUUUGGUGUUUUUAUAAGCAUAUCAUUUUCAUUUUUAUCAGUUUAUUAUUUUAAUAAAUCCCAGGGGACCUUGUUAUUUGCGUCAAGAUAAAUAUUUGUCGGGAUAAUUGUUUGAUGUUGAGUUGUAUAUUUCUAUCAUUAUGUUAAUGAUGCAGUUUAUGUUAACGCAUGUCAGUGUGUUUAAAUAAAUGUUUGAAAAGCAUA